AUGCGGAUUAUGAAAGCGAUGAUGAAAACCGAGGCUAACCCGUGUGAAGAUUUCUGGACAUACGCUACAGGAAAUGGCGAAAGGACAUUUUGGGAAACGUAUCGGAAUGCUUAUUUCAAAAGUUUGCUGGAGAAUGCGGGGCUUUCUAAUCAGGUAAGGGCUUAUUUGUGGCUGGGGAAACAUCGCAGCCAAGCCGCUGUCUAGCCAGGCUACGUGCUUUCGGAAAUUUGAAAAUGGGUCAUAUCGAGCCUGCUUUUUACAGCUGAUCAAUAAAACGUACAAUUUUGCCUCCGGGAGGUAUCAAAAAUGUGGGAAAAUACCUCCUUUCCUGACUAAAAAAAACUCCGUUUUGAAGAGCGCGCCCUUUUCCUCACAAAAACAGUAUAAUUUGCUACAUUUUUGAUACUUUUUGGAUGCAAAAUGGCACGUUUUUUGCCAUUGAAUCAGAUCCGUCACUGUAGUAGAGGCCCUUAUUGUCAGUUCGGUAGUUUUUUCUUUACAUAAACAGUAUUUUUUUUUGAAAAAGAGAAUGUUGAAAAAUGACGUCAAACUUCUGGGCCGGUCUUUGAAAAUUUUGGGAACGGAACGGCCCUACUUUUCAUCAGCCUGGACUCCGCAAAAAGCCCGGCCGAUUGCCAUGUCUGCACCAAUAUCAGUCUGUCGGGAAAAUAAUGAGCACUCUGUCGCGUUGAAAAUUGCAUCGCCACCGAGAAAAUGAAUUGUGCGACAAAAAUCAAACUCUUUUCACUUCAGCGACGCAAUCGGCGCAGCGACAUUGUGCUCAUUAUUUUCCCGACAGCCUUCAAAUUCUGAUUCAAAUUCGCCCGUCUUUCAGUUCCAGUCCAUCCGCUCAGUCCGCGACAUCUAUGCGAGAUGCAAUCAGUCGGGCUACCCGACCAGCGUCAGAGAAUACAAUUGGUCUGAGACCGCCGAAUAUAUGAAAAUCUUAUUCGGCAAGGUUAAAUUGCCGCUGACCAAAGAUUCCGCGAUUAUUCAAAGCGCUACGUCUUAUCAGAAUUUGGUUGCCAGGAUUUACAACGCGUUGUUUCAUCGGGGAAUCGAUGAGAUCUUCUCGAAUAUAUUCACGGAUCAUCGAGAUGGAAAACUGACGUUUCGAUUUCCGGAGGACUCUCUGGAAGAUGAGAAGAAGAUUUGGUGAGUUGUUCUGUAGAGUUAUUAUUUUUUUGGGCAAAACAUCAAAUUAAAAUAAAGUGAAGUGAGAUGAAAAAUGCACAAGAUGUUGUAGGAAGAGAAGGAAACGUUUUUAUUACCGUACAGAGAUUGCACAAAGCAAAAUGGUUCAAAAGGCCCGAAGACCGCGCCAAUUGAAGCAAAAUUCCCUGUGAAAUUGUUGUCGCUUGCGCAAAAUACAGUGGGGGACCUGAUCUAGUGGCAAAAAACGAACCAUUUUGCACCGGGAAGUAUCAAAAAUGAGGCAAAAUGCUUCCCUCUCCAAGUGAAAAAACUCCGUUUUGAAGGGCGCGCCCUUUUUACUCACAAAAAGAGCGGGUGCGCUUUUGACAAGGAAAGUACUUUUAUGGGGGCUCCUACUUUUUGACGGGACAUAUCUCAAAAAAUCAGAAAAAAUGUGCUGAUCAAGGAUACAUAAAUCCUAGCUGCCCAUAUUAGGUUUUUAGGGGUGAAAACUCAAUCGGAAGUUGACUGAAAGUCCUAUAUGAACCCCUUUUCGCUUAAUUUUUCACGGGUUUACAAUUUUUAUUUUGGCUUAAAAUGAUGUUUAUUGAGAUUCUAAUACGUAAUAAAUCAGUCUUGGCACAAAAAUUUAUUUUUCCGACCUUCAACUUCAAAAAAAGUUGAUUCGGCCCAAAAGGGAAAUCGAACCCGUGCGGCGUUCCCCCCCUUGAUUCCCAGACUACGGCACUAACCACUCGGCCACACCGCUCUCUUCCGAAGGAAGAGACCGACCGCGCUUUUUAUCGUUUCGAAUGCAUGCGCCUUUUGUAGGGAAAUUAAGCCAGUUUUUGGGCAUUUUCACCCCUAAAAACCUAAAAUGGGCAGCUAAGAUUUAUAUAUCCUUGAUCAGCGCAUUUUUUCUGAUUUUUUGAGAUAUGUCCCGCCAAAAAUUAGGAGCCCCCAUAAAAGUACUUUCCUUGUGAAAUCUGUGUUUUUUCACUUGGAGAGGGAGGUAUUUUGCCACAUUUUUUGAUGCUUCCUGAAUGCAAAAUGGUACUUUUUUUGGCACUGGAUCAGGUCCCCCCACUGACAGCGGCACAAUUAAAAAGGGAUAUGCGCAAAAUGCAUAUCAAGCAAUUAAAAAAUGGCUAUGUCACGGCGAUGUUCGAACUGCGUAGUGCAAAAAGCUUUGUGACAAAAAGUCUACGCAAUUUGUGGAAAGGCUAUGAGUCUGUCAAGAAAAUAAUGAACAUAAUGUCACUCAUGUCGCCUGAUGGAAUUGCACAGUGCGCUUUUUAUUCGCAUUGUGUCAAUUGCUUGUCGCGCAAAGUCAGUGCCGACCGUUCCAUGAGAAGACAUGCCAAGACUUUUUGGCCCGCCUAUCAGUCUGUCGGGAAAACAAUAAGCCCAAUUUCACUGCGCCAAUUGUGUCGCUGAAGUGAAAAGAAUUUUGAUUUUGUCGCGACACAUUUCAUUUUUUCGACGGCGAUGCGAUUUUCCAUGCGACUGCAACAACUUAAAAAAAGGUUAAACGCUGCAUUUCAAUUCCUGGCGAAUACCAACCACUGUUUCAGGGAGCUCUACUGCAAUAUUGUAAAGAAUUGCAACAAGAUCCCGAGGUUUAUUAAAAAGCCAAUUAUUGCGUUGGAUGUUUUGAAAGAAAGACAAAAAGAGUUUCUGGAAGUGGUUUUUGGAACAAAAGUUCGGAUGGAAAAUAUGACUGUUAUGUGGCCCACCUACUACGGCAAGCAAACGAUGGGUUUGCUGGUAAGGAGAUUUUUGCGAAGAAUAAGAAAUCUUGAAAUGUCAACGGUAAUUUGGCAAAAUUUUAAAGAAGAAACGAAAAAUUAUUAGGUUGUUCAAUAUGAAAUGUCGGAUUUAUACCUUUAACUUUAAAACACCAUAAUAUUUGCAAAAAACGAUUUUUCUCUUACCGGCCCUCCUCCUUCUACGUACUCUCUCGAAAAAAUAUAGUGGAAUAUCUUUGCUGCGAAUGCAAAGCGUGAGCUAAAACUUUCAGGGAUUCAUAAGGCACCUAUGAAGUGUGUAUUUGGGAAAUUUCAAAAAAAAAAUAAAGACUUAUGUCAGUUGCCCGUAUUUUACCUAUUGAGUGAUGCAACAUUUACAUGUACUAAAUUUUGGUAUUUUAUAUGUUACAAUAACUCCGGGGAAAGAAAACUAACGCUAGUAAUAGAUAAAAUUACUAAAGGUGGACAUAUUGCAAGUCUUUGGCAAGUCUUUGCCGAGCCUUCACCGAUCAUCCAACGGCUUGCCGGACCCGUAGGCACUUCCUACAGCUGGUUUUUUUGAGUAUCUACCUGCCCUACGCCCCGUAUCGAUCGAUUUUGUGUUGACCCGAAAAGUCGUAGCGCCCCUCAUUUUACGUACUCUCUCGAAAAAAUAUCAUGGAAUAUCUCGGCUUCAAAUACAAAUCGUGAACGAAAACUUUUAGGGAUUCGUAAGGGACCUAUGCAGUUUGUAGUUGGGAAAUUUCAAAAAAAAUUUAAGUCUCAUGUCGGUUGCCCGUAUUUUACCUAGUAAAUGAUGUAAAUAUCAUGUCAGUAAACCUACCCAAACAAAAUUUUGAGACGUUGUAUCAAGGAAAACAUAAAAAAAUCUCAAAAAUUACUAUUCUUUCUACUGUCUUUACCCUUUUCAGCUCGAAUCCCGCGCCUAUGUUGUCAACAAAUUAUUCGUCCGAGCAUUCGACAAUCAAGUCUACUACAAAAGCUGCGAACACUACAUUACCAAGAACUUUCCAUUAUUCAUGGUGAAGCUGGCCAUCGACGAUAUGAAAUCGGCCUUCAAGGACUUUCGCUACAUGAAAGAUGAAUUUUUCAUGAUGGUGAAUUUAAUUUUGGACGAGGCCAAGCAGUUCGUUCGUUCAAACAAGAUCCUUGAGGCCAAUGCGAUUGAAAAAUUGUCGGGCCUUUUCGACAAGAACACUUUUGCAUUUAUCGACCACCCCUUUUUUAAUGACCAAAAUUUUCAUAAGUAUGCGGGGACUGUGAAUUCACGGUUCCCUAGUUCAGCCAAGUAUGCGAAUAAUUAUCUGCCGUUUGUGUUCUAUGAGAAUGAUAAUGGAGGAAGACAUUUGAGGCUGCCGACCGCGGAGGUAGGCUUCUUUUUUGAACGAGAAGAAGUGAAAUUGGACCGUUGCGGCAGAACCCCCCUUUUUGAACACUCCCCCUCAUUUUGCAAAUUGAAAAAAUGAGGUGUGACAUCUUAUACGAUGAAACUUUUUUCAAAUUGAAAAAAAUUAGGUGUGACAUCUUAUACGAUGAAACUUUUUUUAAAUUGAGAAAAAUUAGGUGUGACGUCUUAUACGAUGGAUUUUUUUAACGGUCGAAUAAUAUUUAUUUUGCAAAAAUCACAUUUACUUAUGUGUUUAUGGUGUAUAUCGUUUCACUUGCGAUGUCACACCUCAUUUUUCUUAAUUUGAAAAACAUUUUCAUCGUAUAACAUGUCACACCUCGUUUUUUUUCAAUUCUCAAAAUGGGGGAGUGUUCAAAAAGGGGGAGAGUUCAGAUUGAGGGAAAGUUCAGAAAAAGGGGGAGAGUUCAGGCUCACCCAAAUUGGACGGGGUGAAAUUUGGCGUAUUUUCAUCUUUUUUAUAACUUUUAGAGUGUAAAAAAUUUUCCAAAUUACACUUUGCCCAAUGUCCUUGAGCCCUUUAUACAGUCCCCAAUUUCUUUGCUCUGCCCAGUGCAUUUGACCACAAAACGCCAUUUCGUUGAGAGCAUUUUAAAAUUUUCGGACUGUGUAAAUUAUCAGGACUUUUCAUCUCGAGUACUAUCAGUCUGUCGGGAAAAUAAUGAGCGCAAUAUCACAAUCGCGUCGCUGAAGUUAAAAUCAAUAUAUGUUUUUGUCGAAUUCGCAAUUCAUUUUUUUGGCGCAUUUUCGAUUCGACAGAGUGCUCAUUAUUUUCCCGACAGACUGAUAUACUUUCUCUUCUUUUCUAAAAAAAAAAAAUAAUUGCAGAUCAACGCCUUUCACAUUGAGGAAAGUCAAGCCAACAUUUUUGAGUUCGGACUUUUCCACUAUCCCUUUUAUCAACCAUCAUGGCCAGUAGCACUCACGUUUUCGGGUCUUGGGUUUGUGGUCGCACACGAGCUUGGACAUACAUUCUGUAAGUGACUUUUAAGCUUUUAAAAAAUUGCUUUAUACACGCAGACACAGUGACUAAAUUUUCGGAAAUGAGUAAUUUAUACUCGUGAAUUUCAACUAAUUUUUGGCCAAAAAUGGCUACGUUUCCAACUGAAACACAAUUUAAAAAUAAACAAUCAGUCUGUCGGGAAAAUAAUGAGCGUCGUUUGCUUUUGCUACCUCCCAAACUGUUUGUUAUAUGCAGCUUUUUGCUACAUGAGAGUUCCUGUACAGAGGCUUGCACUGUGCUCUGUCAUAUGAGGCCAUAUUUCUUUCAGUAAAACAACAAGGACUAAGCCAAUCCUUGAGAGACAAUUACCAAUGUCUGCUGAAGCUGUACGCCGACAGAUGCAAUCCCGACAAUCCGGCGUACUGCGUGAAUCCGGCGCGCACCUACGAGGAGAACAUUGCUGAUCAGUUGGGUAAGCAGUCGGCCAAAUGACAAGCGCAGUAUACAAUCUUCAACCGUUCAGGUAUCCGUUUUGCGUACGCCGCAUUCAACCGAUACGUCAGCUUCAACCGCUCCACCUACCACAUCCCUAAUCGUUCGCUCAGCGCAUACAACGAUCAGCAACUCUUCUUCAUCAACACGGCUCAGCUGAUCGCGUUUAUGAACCCGACUUGGGCCGCCUACAGUCAAGGCUCAACGCAUGCGCCGACGCAAGCAAGAGUUUGGGGGAUUAUGGCGAAUUUCGCCGGAUUCGCUAAUGCUUUUAGCUGCAGGGAGGGCGAUAAUUAUGCGGUAAAGGAUGGCUGUAAAGUGUUUGUGGAGGAUUUGAAGGGUGAUCCGAAUGUUUUUGCUGGUUAUACGCAAAUUCCUGGGUAA